UAUUAUUUAUAUUCUCUUCAAAAUUGAGUUUAGAGUAGUAUUUGUCAAAAAGCGAGAGAGCUCGAGAGAAAGAGAAAAAAAAUAGAGGAGAAGCGCGAAAAACCUUAAAAAUUCAGUUUGACACUAAGGGUUUAUUUCUCUUGUUCCUGUUUGGGGGUUAGGGUUUGUUAUGGUGUGAAGUUUAAGUGGAAUUUUGCAAGAAGAAAGUGAUUAUUGAGGAUCUCUAAAGAGAUAGAGAAAAUGGCUGCUGCUGCUGCUGACAAACUACUAGAGAGUCAGCUAAUUGAAUAUGGGAAAAAACUUCUCAAACCACCUUCAUCUGUUGAUCAACUUUUACAUAUUUUGGAUAAAGUUGAAAUUCAUUUGUCCAAAGUGGAGCAAUCACCAUCUGAAUCGAUGCAUAGUGCUCUGACUCCCUCAAUCAAGGCAUUGGUUGCGAAUGAAUUGUUGCGGCACCCUGAUGUGGACGUGAAAGUAUCAGUGGCAUCUUGCAUAAGUGAGAUUACACGUAUCACAGCACCAGACGCUCCUUAUGAAGAUGAUCAGAUGAAGGAGAUUUUUCAACUGAUUGUUGGUUCAUUUGAGAAACUCUAUGAUACCUCUAGCCGCUCAUAUCAUAAGAGAGCUUCGAUACUGGAAACUGUAGCAAAGGUUCGAUCCUGUGUAGUCAUGCUGGACUUGGAAUGUGAUGGGUUGAUAAUUGAGAUGUUUCAGCAUUUUCUGAAAGCCAUUAGGGAUAACCAGCACGCUAUAUUUUCCUCGAUGGAGACAAUUAUGGUUCUAGUUUUAGAGGAAAGUGAAGAAAUAUCAACAGAGCUUCUUUGUCCACUCUUAAUUAGCGUUAAAAAGGAGAAUCAGGAUGUUUUACCUAUUGCAAAAAGAUUGGCGGAGGAAGUUCUUGAAAAAUGUGCUGCCAAAGUCAAGCCUUACUUGAUGCAGGCGGUAUUAUCCUUGAGCACUUCUGUGCAUGAUUACAGUAAAGUUGUUGCUGCCAUAUGCCAGGAGUCCUGUGGGAAUAUCAAGAAUGAUGAUGUGUGUGCUUUUGAAGAACAUUUGGAUGAUCAGGAGAAAACAAAAUUAAGGGUCGACUCUCAUGAGGCAACACAGGUAGUAGAUGAGCACAAGCCUGAGGCGGAUGAGCAGAAGCCUGAGGUUGCUGAGGAGCAGAAACCAGAGGCGGCUGAGGAAGAGAAACCGGAGGUGGCUGAGGAAGAGAAGCCGGAGGUGGCCGAGGAAGAGAAGCCGGAGGUGGCCGAGGAAGAGAAGCCGGAGGUGGCCGAGGAAGAGAAGCCGGAGGUGGCCGAGGAAGAGAAGCCGGAGGUGGCCGAGGAAAAUGAAGAAGUGGCUGAUGUGCAGAAGCCAGAAGUGGCUGAAGAGAAGAAGCCAGUUGUGACUUCAGGAGCUUUGGAAUCCAUCGCUAGAAAAUCAGAAAAGCCGGUAACGAGCAAUGGUACUUCUGGGAAAAGUGACACUCUGAUAAGUUCAGAUGGCUUGCAAAAGGAAGUGAUUUCUAGUGCUACCAUUCGACCCACUGAAGAUGAACUUAAUGUGAACACAUCAAAGACAGCUGAUUCAGAAACUAAUCUAGACCCUGUUGUUAUGGAGCCAGAAGACCAGAAGCUUGAUACUUCUACACAUUCAGCAGAAGUGUCUGACCAUUCCCGGACAUUAAGUGACAAACAAGAUGGAGAACAUGAAGACAAGAAGAAGAGUCACAGUGCGGAAGCUAAUAGUUCACCUCUGAAAGAGUGCUCUUUAGGUGAGACAGCCGGGCCUUCAGAAAAUGAAAAACUGAAGUCACCAACUGUGUCGCAAAAUGAAACUGUAGAUGCUGCUUCACCAUCCCAUAGUCAGAGUCUUCUUGAAGAAACUCAUUCCAAGAAAGGUGCUAGGCAACAAAAGAAGAAUACCAAUACUCGAGAUAGCGAACUUGAUUCAUCUUCAGCGCACAAGGGAGGUUUCUCACAGGACCAGAAUGAGGGUCAAACAUCUUCAUCCGCAGAUGUAGUUUCCGAUAAGGAGAAUAAGGGUGAGAAAGGUUCCAAAGAAGAACAAGCAGUUUCAGAAGAUGAAGCACCUCCAUCUGCAGAAGUGAUCUCACAGAGUGAUUCUAAGGUCAAAAAAAGUUCAGGAGAAAAAAAGAAUACCAGAUCGCGUAGAAAGGCAAGAGCCAGUGAAGUAAGAAGUUCACGUCUUAUGGGUGAUAUCUUAGCUACAAAAUCUGGACUUGAAAGUGAUUCUGAAGCAAAGCCAGUCGGACUAUCCAGCAAGACAGUAGAUGAUAAGUCUUCCAAGGAGGAUGAGCUGUCCGAUAUCAAGGAGGAAGUUAGAACAAAAAAUGGAAGGGGAAAAAGUAAAACUGAGAAGGAAGUUACUGGUGAAUCAUGUAUUGAGGUCGAUGCUUCCAAGGAGGAUGAAAUCCCUCAUGACAAGAGCAUCAGAACAAAAAGAGGAAGGGGAAAAGUUAAUUCCAAAGAGGUGACUGGAGAACCAAGUAGUACCAAGAAGGAUGUUACUGAAGAACCAUGUAUUGAAGUGGAUGCUUCCAAGGAGGAUGAAAUCUCUCAUGAUAAGGACAUCAGAACAAAAAAAGGAAGGGGAAAAGUUAACUCGAAAGAGGUGACCGAAGAACCAAGUGAUAAGAAGGUUUCUUCGCCAAAGUCCACAGAAUCAUCAGAUAAAGAGCAGAGCCAUCUGGUGGUAACUCCUAGUACAAAAUCAAAGAGAAAACGUGCUCCAGGAAGUGACGUGACCGAGAAAACACCAAAGUCUGUUGUUGAUGCUGGCAAGGAACUGAUUGGGCAAAAAGUCAAGGUUUGGUGGCCCGAUGACAAGAAGUUUUAUCAAGGCACUGUUGACUCUUACAAUCGUAUUUCAAAAAAGCACAGGGUUACAUACACAGACGGUGAGAUAGAGAAGUUGGACCUUAAGAAGGAGACAUGGGAAGCUAUUGAAGAGUUUGAACCAGAAGAAUACAGCGCUUUGAGUCCUGAUUCUUCUGAAACGCAUCAAAAGAAAAAAGGGAAAAAGGAAUUGGAUUCCUCAACCUCGAAAACAAAGACAAACACUUCAACUAAAAGGGACAGUAGUAACAAAUCCAAGGGAAGUAGCAGUAAGAGAAGCAAGUCCAAGGAUGAGAGAUCUACUGAAGCCAAGGAAGAGAAGGAUGAUAAAUCCAAGGAUACAACUCCUAAAGCUAAAAGUAAGCUGAAAGAAACUCCCAAAACACAAGGCGACAAGGUCAAGGGCUCAUCCAAGUAUGAUGAUGCAACACCAUUAAACAAGGGAAAGGGUGAUAGCAAUAGCAAGGUUGGUCCCAAUGGAACUUCUGCUGCCAAAAAAAGAAAAUCCGAUUCUUCAUCUAAAGCCCAAGAAGUUUCCUCACCAGGAAAGAAAGGAAAGGCAGAGGAGAGUGAGAACAAAAGCGGGGGGAAAAACAAUGCCCAGAAGAGUGGAUCAAAGAGUGGCCGAAAGCGUCCCAGAAAGUAGAUGGGUGAUGUAGGUCGGGCAGAUUAGAGAUUCCUUUGUUUGACCAUAAUGUUUGUCUUAGACCCUCCCUCCUCACCACAUCCGAUCUUCCUAUAUCCAGUCUUAGGCGUGUAUCCAUCCAUCCAUCUGUUGCAGUAGUUUCGGAUGCUGGUGAUGCCAAGGCUGUCUGUUCCCGGUAGGUCAUGUUAUCAGGGUCCCUAUCAUUCCCUUGGUCAUGAUCAUUAGACUCUGGUCUGGAGGGGUUGGUUGCUAUGCAGUGAGUAGUUUGGAGGCUUCUCUGAUGGUGUUCUGUUUCCUAAAAUGGAAAAAUAGUCUUGCUCUUUGGCAACAGUAGUAGAUAGAUAAAAAAUGCUAGUAAACUUUUUUAGCUUUUAAGAUGACCUUUUUUUCUUUUUUCCCACCUCAACAGUGUUAAAUUAUUAAAUCAUAUUUUUGAUUUGUAGACGAAGUGCUUUCUUAUUGUUGCAA